UGCAGCAGCGGAGUUGUCAGAGCGCUGAGCCUCGCGCGGAGGAGGAAGGUUCUCGGACUUGGCUAUUUAGGAAUUCAGGACUCGGGACGAAUUUGCCAGCCUUCGACCCUGGCCGUGUGAGCAGCGCUCCAAUGCUGAAGAUGGAGCCUCUGAACAGCACGUACCCCAGCACGGCAGCCCCCAGCCGCUCCCUCGAGUCCCACGUCCCCAGCAACGACAGUGGCAACGGUAAUGAGUACUUCUACAUCCUGGUGGUCAUGUCCUUCUACGGCAUUUUCUUGAUUGGAAUCAUGCUGGGCUACAUGAAAUCCAAGAGGCGGGAGAAGAAGUCCAGCCUCUUGUUGCUGUACAAGGACGAGGAGAGGCUUUGGGGGGAGGCCAUGAAGCCGCUGCCCAUGAUGUCGGGGCUCCGGUCACUGCAGGUGCCCAUGAUGCUGAACAUGCUGCAGGAGAGCAUGGCGCCCGCCCUGUCCUGCACCCUCUGCUCCAUGGAGGGGGACAGCGUGAGCUCCGAGUCCUCCUCGCCCGACGUGCACCUCACCAUCCAGGAAGAGGGUGCCGACGAUGAGCUCGGGGAGACUUCAGAGACGCCGCUGAAUGAGAGCAGCGAGGGGUCCUCAGAGAACAUCCAUCAGAAUUCCUAGCACCCCCAGGACCUCUGGAGGUGGCCCCAU